ACACACACACCAUGGCAUCAAUACCAGGAGCUAUCAGAGUCCUUACAGCAGUCCUUCUACUGGCCAGAGGAUCCCUCUCACAGCUAAAUGUGUGUGGUCAGGCUCCUCUUAACACACGUAACACGCGUAUUGUGGGCGGAGAAAACGCACCGGUGGGGGCGUGGCCAUGGCAGGUCAGUCUGCACCGUGGACGCCACUUCUGCGGAGGGUCCCUCAUCAACAGCAACUGGGUUCUGAGCGCCGCCCACUGCUUUUCCAGCACCAGCACCUCCGGCCUGGUCGUCUUCCUCGGACGGCAGACUCAGGAGGGCAGCAACGCCAACGAGGUCUCCAGGAGCGCCGCUCAGGUCAUCAGACAUCCUGAUUACAACAGUGGAACCAACGAUAACGACAUCGCCCUCCUCCGCCUGUCCUCCCCCGUCACCUUCACUGACUUCAUCCGCCCCGUCUGCCUUGCAGCAGCCAGCAGCACCUUCAACAGGGGCACUGACAGCUUUGUGACAGGCUGGGGUGACAUUAAUUCAGGAGUGUCCCUCCCCUCACCCCAGACGCUACAGGAAGUGGAGGUGCCCGUCGUGGGAAACAGGAACUGCUUCUGCCAGUACAGAGGGCAGGGCUCGACCAUCACUGACAACAUGAUCUGCUCUGGGGCAGAGGAGGGCGGCAGGGACUCCUGUCAGGGAGACUCUGGAGGUCCGAUGGUCAGUAAGCAGGGUUCGGUGUGGGUCCAGUCCGGCGUGGUGAGUUUCGGUAUCGGCUGUGCUCUGGCGCAGUUCCCGGGGGUGUAUGCGCGCGUGUCCCAGUACGAGAGCUGGAUCAACUCCCAGAUCACCAGCAACCAGCCGGGAUUCGUCACCUUCAGGUCCAAUGGGACCGACUCGGACCUGAGUGCCACCUGUACUGGUCUGCCACCCGUCACCACCACCACAACCACCACCACCACCACCAUACCCACAACUACCACACCACCGGUGGUGUGUGGACAGGCGGCUCUGAACUCGCGUCUGAUUGGUGGGUCGGAUGUGGCGGCGGGGGUGUGGCCCUGGAUGGCGAGUCUGCACAGUAAUGAAAGCGGGGCGCACGUGUGUGGAGGAACUCUGGUCGGGGAGGACCUCGUGCUCACAUCAGCCAACUGCUUCUCUAGUUCUCCUUUAGCAUCUAAUUGGACGGUGUUUCUGGGCCGCCAGAGCCAGAGCGGCUCCAACCCCAAUGAGGUGUCAGUGGGCGUGGCCAAUAUCACGCUGAGCAGCCUAUCAGGCGAUAACGUAGCCAUGCUGACGCUGUCCAGUAAGCCCGCCCUCUCCAACUUCAUCCAGCCAAUCUGCCUGGAGCAGGGCGGGGCCACUAUCGCCACGGGAACCACCUGUUGGGUUGCAGGCUGGGGCAACACCACAGGUGAACAGCCUCUUCAGGAGGUGCAGACAUCAGUGGUUGCCUGUGGCAACGCAUCCUCCUCUACUGAUGACAUCUGCACCAACACUGUUCAGUUACAACAGGGUGAUAUGGGCGGUCCUCUCAUGUGUAAACAGGGGAAUUCAUGGCUCCAGCUCUCGGUGCUCACCGUCACCUCAAACUCCUCCUCCUCAUCAUCAAACUCCACCUCCAGAGACCUCGACCAAUCAGAUCGCGCCUCAGUGCAGGUCUUCGGCCGGACAUCUCGUUUCAGCAACUUCCUGUCCAGUUUCCCCUUUCCGUCGACCGUCGCCGCUAGCGACAGCACCACCGCUGCUGCCACUGCCGUCGCCGCCGCCGCCACCACCGCCUCCAGCAGGGGGCAGCACUCGUGCAUGGCCCUCCCCCUCCUCUCCCUCCUCCUCCUCACACUCACCCCUCUGCUGGCCUCCCAGCGCUAGCCCUCAGGUCAAAGGUCACGACUACCCACAAUCCACUGCUGCACCUGCACCACCUGGUUUAGAACAACAACAACAGCAACAACAACAACAAUAACAACUACAACAACAGCAACAACAACAAUAACAAUAACAACAGCAACAACAACAACAGGAGCAACAUCAACAACAGCAACAUCAACAACAGCAGCAGCAGCAGCAUCAACAACAGCAGCAGAGUGCCUUAGCUGUGGGUCUUUGUCUGAUUCAUGACUCAUGACUCCCAUAUUGUCUCCUAAACUGUGUACGUCUUCCCACAAACUCCUCCGGAAGACUCUGAGCGCCUUUUCUUUAAUCUCUGCACUAUAUGUCCUGUACUGUCUACGAAACCGCCUGUCUAUACCUUGUACACCACAUUGCACUUUUCUGUAAAUUGCGUAAAUUGUGCCGAAGCUCUAUGCAGUGCAACAGCCAAAUGAAAACAGUAGUGUGUGUGUGCCUAGCUGUAUGAAAUGAAAACAGUAGUGUGUGUGUGCAUAGCUGUAUGAAAUGGAAACAGUAGUGUGUGUGUACCUAGCUGUGUGAAAUGGCAUUGAUCAGGGAUACAUUCUGUGAUGUAAGCACAUUCUGUGAUGUAAGCACUGCCAGGGUCAUACUGUAGGCGUGGCAUGGCGAGUAGCAUGUAAUGUGCAAAUGUAGUUUCAGUCAUCAGCCACAAACUCACUGCAUCUCUCAGAGUGUUCAGUCAUCUGCCAUGAGCUCACUGCAUCUCUCAGAGUGUUCAGUCAUCUGCCAUGAGCUCACUGCAUCUCUCAGAGUGUUCAGUCAUCUGCCAUGAGCUCACUGCAUCUCUCAGAGUGUUCAGUCAUCUGCAUGCGCUCAGGAGGUGUUCAGUCAUCUGCAUGCGCUCAGGAGGUGUUCAGUCAUCUGCAUGCGCUCAGGAGGUGUUCAGUCAUCUGCAUGCGCUCAGGAGGUGUUCAGUCAUCUGCAUGCGCUCAGGAGGUGUUCAGUCAUCUGCAUGCGCUCAGGAGGUGUUCAGUCAUCUGCAUCUCUCAGGAGGUGUUCAGUCAUCUGCAUGCGCUCAGGAGGUGUUCAGUCAUCUGCAUGCGCUCAGGAGGUGACUGCACUGCGUCUCUCAGGGUGUUCAGGCUCAAUGUGAGCACUUUAAACCACAGCACUAAGAACUGCUAUUUAUUGCACUGACUGUGUUUCUCUUUAACAUGUGCCAUGCACUCUCAGCUAGCGUGGGUUUGAGUAAAUCAUUUAUACUGAGAAAACCUUUUAUUGAAAUUCAAGGCUUGACAGUUUGAGUGGUUAUUGUGGUCAUUGAAUCACCUCAGAAUGAUCACUUCCUACCUAGAGAGACUACAUAGAUCACUUCAGAAUGAUCCAGUCCUACCUAGAGAGACUACAUAGAUCACUUCAGAAUGAUCCAGUCCUACCUAGACAGACUACAUAGAUCACUUCAGAAUGCUCCAGUCCUACCUAGAGAGACUACAUAGAUCACUUCAGAAUGUUCCAGUCCUACCUAGAGAGACUACAUAGCACCAACAUUACAUCCCCUUCAGGUUACAUCAGACGACCAGGCUCAUAACUGCCAUGUUUUGUACAAUGAAUGCCUCAGGGUCACACACACACACACACACACACACACACACACACACACACACACACACACACACACACACACACACACACACACACACACACACACACACACACACACACACAC